AAAUCUAUUAAAGCUCCACUCAACAAAUUUUCACUUGCAAAAAACUCCACUUCUCAUCAUCACACAAUAUAAUCUUUUAUUAUUAAUUAAUUAAUUUAUUAAUUAAUGGAGAGAAUGUUCAGGCCUCCACCAGAAACUCCACGGGAGCCAAUGGAGUUUCUCUCCCGCUCCUGGAGUAUCUCCGCCCUCGAAAUCUCCAAAACCUUAGCUCCACAACCCCCGCAUAUUCCGGCCCGGAACUAUCCUCGAGGCGGCGGCGCCGCCGCCGCCGCCGGCGGUGCUGAACAAACCAUAUUCGAAGACAUCUCCGCCGAGCUGGAGGAGGCGGCCGCGGCGGCGGCCUCCGCCUCUGUUUCCGGGAACCCUUUUUCCUUCGCUUCUUCUCAAACUUCUCAGCUUGUCAUGGAGCGUAUCAUGUCCCAAUCUCAGGAGGUAUCACCGCGCACUUCAGGGAGAUUGUCCCACAGCAGUGGCCCUCUCACUGACACCCCACCUCUCUCCCCUUCUGAAAUGGAUGACCCUAAGUAUAUUCGGAUGAACAAUCCGGCGAGCAGUCACCACUACAAGGCCGCGGGCGGUGGUGGUAAGACCGUCGGGCGGUGGUUGAAGGACAGGCGGGAGAAGAAGAAAGAGGAGGCGAGGACGCACAACGCGCAGCUCCACGCCGCCAUUUCGGUCGCCGGAGUCGCCUCCGCCAUCGCCGCCAUUGCCGCCGCCACAGCCGCAUCCUCCGGUGCUGGAAAAGACGAACGGAUGGCGAAAACCGACAUGGCGGUGGCUUCUGCCGCCACUCUGGUGGCGGCGCAGUGCGUCGAGGCGGCGGAGGCAAUGGGGGCCGAGCGUGAGCACUUGGCCGCCGUCGUUAGCUCGGCUGUCAAUGUCCGAUCGGCCGGUGACAUCAUGACCCUAACCGCCGCCGCCGCUACUUCGCUUCGUGGGGCCGCCACGUUGAAGGCUAGAACACUGAAGGACGUGUGGAAUAUAGCGGCAGUUAUCCCCGUCGACAAAGGAAUGGGAGUUUCCAACGGUAGUAACGGAAGUUCUAACGGAAGUUUCAGUGGCGAACUUGUUCCGGAAGAAAACUUCCUCGGCAUUUGUAGUAGAGAGCUUCUUGCUAGAGGCUCUGAACUUCUCAAGAAAACUCGAAAGGGUGAUCUUCAUUGGAAAGUAGUGUCAGUUUACAUUAACAGAAUGGGUCAGGUAAUGUUGAAGAUGAAGAGUAGACAUGUUGCUGGAACUGUCACAAAAAAGAAAAAGAAUGUAGUGCUGGAGGUGAUGAGGAAUAUUCCGGCAUGGCCCGGCCGCCACCUCCUCGAGGGCGGCGAGCACCGCCGCUACUUUGCAUUGAGAACCGUGUCACGAGGGGUGGUCGAAUUCGAGUGCAAGAAUCAAAGAGAAUACGAUAUAUGGACUCAAGGUGUUUCGAGAUUGCUUAUUAUUGCUGCAGAGAAGAACAGCAAACACAGGAUUUGAUGUGUUCUUUCUCUCUUUGCAACAAUUGUAGGUAAUAAAAAAAAUUAUAUAUAUUUAUUUAAAAUCAAGAAUAUUAGCUUAUAGUUUGGGGUUUGGACUAACCAUUUUUUUUUUAAUGUUAUCUUUUUUUGGGGUUUUGUGUGUUUUAUUUUGUAAUAUUGAAGAAAAGAAAAGGUAAAGUGAAGUGAAGUAAAGCUAAAAAAACCAUGUGAUCCAAUAUAGUAUAUAUAAUAUAUAUCAUAUAUUAUAUAUUUAUUUUAUUUUUUGAAUUUUGUGGGGGAAAAAAAGAGGAUCUUGGACUUGGUCAAAAAGGGAAGGAAGACAAAGAAUGGAUCUUUUGAUUGUGUGUGUUUAUUUAUGAUAAGUGGGGAUUUGGCUUUACUAGGUUUUAAUUGUAAUUUAGGGUUUAGAUUAAGGUUUCUGAUUGGGUGGAAAUGUGAUUUGUCUUGAUCUGUAAUUAGUACUUUUGUAUAAUUAUUAUCUCUUUUUGGAUUUAGUACAUCUGGCUUUUGCAUUACUUUAUUCCAUUGGU